AAACCUGCCAUGCAAUGUGCUCAAUGGUUAAAAAGUUACUUUCAUAAACAUACCACUAUUACAUAUCCUCCUGUCUGUUUGUCUAUUUCUAAAAAAGGUUCAUUUACUGAAAAAGUAUGGAAGACCUUACCAGAGAAGGUACAGUUUGGUGAAUGUAUAUCUUAUGGUAAAUUAGCCGAAUUGUGUGGCAAUCAAAAUGCCAGUCGAGCUGUUGGAGCUGCCAUGAAAACCAAUCCCAUUAUGAUCUUAAUGCCUUGUCAUAGAGUGAUACAGUCCAGUGGAGAACUAGGAAAUUAUCAUGGCGGCACUAGAAAUAGUGUUAAAGUAUGGUUGUUGAAGCAUGAAGGAGCUAUAGAAUAA